CCUACGCUGGUUCAGCGCCUGAGUCUGGGUCACCCGCGCCGCCGCCGCCGCCGCGGAUUCCAGGAACUUCACUGCCGUCCUGCUGAAGGGAAGGAGAUUUUAAACCAAGAUAAAAAAUGGAUAUCCGGGGUGCUGUAGACGCUGCUGUCCCCACCAAUAUAAUUGCUGCCAAAGCUGCUGAGGUUCGGGCUAACAAAGUGAAUUGGCAUUUGUAUCUCCAGGGGCAGAUGAUUUCAGGGGAAGACUGUGAAUUUAUUCAAAGAUUUGAGCAGAAGAGAACCCCAGAAGAGAAACAAGAGUUAAUACAAACUGAAGGCAAUCAGUGUGCUAAAACAUUCAUAAACCUGAUGACUCAUAUCUCCAAGGAACAGACAGUUCAGUACAUUUUAACUAUGGUUGAUGAUAUGCUGCAGGAAAAUCACCAACGUGUUAGCAUUUUCUUUGACUAUGCAAAACGGGGCAAGAACACUGCCUGGUCCUAUUUCCUGCCUAUGCUGAAUCGUCAGGAUCUUUUCACUGUCCAUAUGGCAGCGAGGAUUAUUGCCAAACUAGCAGCCUGGGGAAGAGAACUGAUGGAAGGCAGUGAUUUGAAUUAUUAUUUCAAUUGGAUUAAAACGCAGCUUAGUUCACAGAAACUGCGUGGUACUGGAAGCGCUAAUGAUCCUGGAACUGAUAGUUCACAAUAUGUCCAAUGCGUUGCUGGAUGCUUGCAGUUAAUGCUCAGGGUCAAUGAAUACCGUUUUGCAUGGGUAGAAUCGGAUGGAGUAAACUGUAUCAUGGGCGUAUUGAGCAACAAAUGUGGUUUCCAGCUUCAGUAUCAGAUGAUUUUCUCUAUCUGGCUGUUGGCAUUCAGUCCUCAAAUGUGUGAACACUUGCGGCGUUACAAUAUUGUUCCAGUCCUUUCCGACAUCCUUCAGGAAUCUGUCAAAGAAAAAGUAACCAGGAUCAUUCUAGCAGCAUUCCGGAAUUUUCUAGAAAAGUCUACUGAAAGAGAAACCCGCCAGGAGUAUGCUCUUGCCAUGAUCCAAUGCAAAGUUUUAAAGCAACUAGAGAACUUGGAACAACAGAAAUACGAUGAUGAAGACAUAAGUGAGGAUAUCAAGUUUCUGUUGGAGAAACUUGGAGAGAGUGUUCAGGACCUUAGUUCAUUUGAUGAGUACAGUUCUGAGCUUAAGUCAGGAAGAUUAGAAUGGAGUCCUGUCCACAAAUCUGAGAAAUUCUGGCGAGAGAAUGCUGUAAGAUUAAAUGAAAAGAAUUAUGAACUGUUGAAAAUUUUAACAAAGCUUCUGGAGGUAUCAGAUGACCCUCAGGUGUUGGCUGUAGCUGCUCAUGAUGUGGGAGAAUAUGUCCGGCACUAUCCUCGAGGGAAACGUGUGAUUGAGCAGCUUGGUGGGAAACAGCUCGUCAUGAACCACAUGCAUCACGAAGACCAGCAGGUUCGCUACAAUGCCUUGCUUGCUGUGCAGAAGCUGAUGGUCCACAACUGGGAGUAUCUUGGAAAGCAGCUACAGUCAGAGCAGCCUCAAACAGCCACAGCACGAAGCUGAGACUCGACUUUCCUUUGGCGGAAGUAAUUAUAGCUACCUUGAAGUGGCGUGUAAGAAAAUAAUGUGGUUGCAUUCUCCUCACUGCCUGUCCCUGCUGUUGUGUAGAUUUCUUUCCAGUUGUUCUUCCAGGAUUGUUGCCUGGCAUAACACUUAUUGUCUAGUAAGCAGGUCCUGACAGUUUACUAGCUGGAGUCCUUCUGUAUUGCAAAAAUGUCCAAGAAAUAUAGCUGAUAUGUGCUGCCUUUAUUUUAUGUAUUUAUUGUCUCAAAAAAGAAAAGAAAAAAGCAUUAAAGAAUAAUCAUUCCAUAUCAUGAA